GUUUAUUCUCCGUAUGAUUUGGACUUCUUUUCUCUUUUAGGGAUUUUGGAGUUUAUUAGCCUGGCAGUGGGGCUGGUGAGCAUCCGUGGGGUGGACUCAGGACUCUACCUCGGCAUGAACGAGAGAGGCGAGCUGUAUGGGUCGAAGAAGCUCACCCGGGAGUGCGUUUUCCGAGAGCAGUUUGAAGAGAACUGGUACAACACGUACGCCUCCACCCUCUACAAGCACCCCGACUCGGAGAGGCAUUACUACGUGGCUCUGAACAAGGACGGCUCCCCCCGCGAGGGGUACAGGACUAAGAGACAUCAGAAAUUCACUCAUUUUUUACCCAGGCCUGUGGACCCUGCCAAAAUCCCCGCCAUGUACAGAGACCUCUUCCACUACAGGUGAUGUUCCCUGCAGCUCCCCCGGCACUGUACAUACCUGGGCUCCCAAGCUUUUUCCCAGAGCACUAUAUUACUAGUCAUUCCAUCAUUCCUGUAAGCGUAGAUGACGUAGGAAAGCACUUCCAUUGAAUUCAGACACCGCUGUUCCUCCUUGUUUCAAGCGUAUAUCGAACGUGGGUUAUUUAUGGGGUGGGGGCAGGGGGAGGGAGGGAACCCUACGUGUAAUCUCUCGUGUCCGUUCACUUUCUUUGCCCGGUGGCUCCAAGAAAGGCCGAAUAUUCAACGUUACGGUUGCUUAAAGGAACAAGCAGGGGAACAAACCUGAUCACCGGGAUGGGGGAGGAAAAAAAAACU